AUGCGUUCUUUAUCCUCCUGCGGCCUUCGCACCUUUCGAAAAUCUAAUCUCAAAACAUCUAUCUGCCAAUAUGGACAACAGUCUGCUCGAAAUUUCGGAUCAAGCUCUAUUCAAGGCUACGCCAAUAUCACAUCUGCUUCGAUCAAUAGAACGAAUGUCAUAGACCAUCAAUAUGAUGCUCUCGUGGUGGGAGCAGGAGGAGCAGGUCUGCGCGCAGCCCUGGGUCUCGCUCAGAGCGGACUCGAGACUGCUUGUCUCACUAAGCUGUUUCCCACACGGUCUCACACUGUUGCCGCGCAAGGUGGAAUCAAUGCCGCACUUGGAAAUAUGCAAGACGACGACUGGAGAUGGCACAUGUACGAUACAGUCAAAGGCUCAGACUGGCUGGGAGACCAAGAUGCAAUCCAUUAUAUGUGCAAAGAAGCGCCCCGUGCAAUCCUAGAACUCGAAGCUUAUGGAAUGCCAUUCUCCAGGACCGCUGAAGGCAAGAUAUAUCAGAGACCACUGGGCGGCCAAUCGCUCAAUUAUGGAAAGGGUGGACAAGCGUUUCGGACUGCAUGUGCUGCUGAUCGUACUGGUCAUGCACUACUUCAUACUCUCUAUGGGCAGUCUUUGAAGCACAACUGCAACUUCCUCGUUGAAUACUUUGCUCUGGACUUGAUGAUGGUUGAUGGUGUCUGCAUUGGUGUGACUGCUAUUGAUAUGGAGACUGGGACACUUCAUCGGAUCUUUAGCCGCAACACUAUUCUAGCUACUGGUGGUUACGGACGUGCUUACUUCUCUUGUACUUCCGCUCACACCAGUACUGGCGACGGUUGUGCCAUGGUAUCAAGAGCUGGUCUCCCUCUGCAAGACAUGGAAUUCAUCCAAUUCCAUCCCAGCGGAAUAUACGGCGCAGGGGUGCUAAUAACCGAAGGAGCGCGAGGAGAAGGUGGCUUCUUACUAAACUCUGAAGGUGAAAGAUUCAUGGAGAACUAUGCACCUACAGCAAAAGACUUGGCUAGCAGAGAUGUUGUAUCGCGAUCCAUGAAUAUCGAAAUCAGGGAAGGGCGCGGUGUUGGACCCGAGAAAGAUCAUAUAUAUCUACAACUCUCGCAUCUGCCUCGAGAACUUAUUCUUGAGAAAUUACCUGGUAUUGCAGAGACUGCGUCGAUAUUUUCAGGCAUCGACAUUACCGUGGAUCCCAUCCCCGUUUUGCCAACGGUGCAUUAUUGCAUGGGCGGUAUUCCGACAAACUAUCACGGCCAAGUCUUGGAUGUUGACACCUCGUCGAAUACAGAACAUACAGUCCCUGGCCUUUACGCGAUUGGCGAAGCUGCCUGUGUCAGUGUUCAUGGAGCGAACAGGCUAGGCGCAAACUCAUUAUUAGACUUGGUUGUCUUUGGUCGCGCCGCCGCGCACCACAUUGCUAGCAACAACAAGAAGGGGAUGAAACAUACUCCUACUCCGGAUGAUAUCGGCAUAUCCUCUUUUGACGACCUGGAUCGAUUACGCACAGCAAACGGCACCAGACUAACCGCCGAACUGAGAACGUCGCUACAAAAAUCAAUGCAAACAGAUGUUGCCGUCUUUCGUACCCAGAACUCACUAAACGAAGGCAUCAACUCUGUACAGGAUAUUGAGCGCGCAUUCCGAGAUGAUGUCUGCGUUAAAGAUCGGUCAUUGAUCUGGAAUUCAGAUUUGAUUGAGACCCUAGAGACGCGCAAUCUGAUGACGUGUGCAGCGCAAACUGCCAAAGCCGCGCUGGAACGGAAGGAGAGUCGUGGAAGUCAUGCGCGAGAAGACUUUAAUGGGCGCGAUGAUGAUAACUAUAUGAAACACACAUUGACCUGGCAGAGCAGGGAAGCAGAGGAGAUUAGGGUAGGAUAUCGAGAUGUGGUAUUCAAGACGUUGGAUCAGGAGGAGUGUGCGACAGUGCCGCCGACGAAGCGGUCAUACUGA